AUGGACAGGUGGAUCGUUGGCGGGUUGGGCGAGGUGGGCGAGGCGGACGUCGAGCCGUGUAACUGUCUGCUGCUUAUGCUUCAAGCCACUGCCGCCCGCCCGCCUUUUAGUGCUCUUAGCUCUGAGGAUAACGCCCUCCUUCGAAUAUGCGCCAGUAAUGUGCUUGAGGAGGAUCACGCCUUUGUUCCGUGA